AUGAUGUCUACAUCCUCCUCCAUGUGUUUGGAGCGGUGUCCUGUGGCGCGCCCUCUAGCGAGAAAACGGCGAACUGACAACGCCUGCGUGCUGUUAGGCUUCAGGUCAGCGGGAGUCUCCUCACAUGACUCUGGUACAUUACUAGGAGGCAAUCUCAAGAUCCUCAAAAAUAUUAUUCUCCAGGAUGGUGCAGAAUUCACAAAGGUGUGGACCAAAUCCUCCAAAUCCCUCAUCACAUAUGAAAGCGGAAGGAUAUAUUUUGAGAAUUACAGAUGCUCUUACACCAGCCUAACACCUCAACCACAGCUCCUGUAUAAGAUGCCAAAGAGAUCAAAAGCUGAGAAGAUUGAGGAUUGCUUAUUAUGUCAGUGUCCACUUGAUAAAACUCUCCCAUGGUCUUUGGAGCAAAAACCCAGCCUUCUAGCGCUAACAGCUAAUAACUGGUUGUAUCAUCUCUCCGCUGACACGGGGCAAACGCUGCACAGAGUCUACCUCUCAUCCCAUUUCAAGUUCAGAUCACUGGGGUGGGAUGUCUCUCAGGAAACAUUUUAUGUCAAAUCCAUACAACAUAAACAGACACCACUAGCACGACAGGCUGGUGUUGAGAACAACAUCCUCAUGCAUUUAGCCAUAUUCAAAGUCUUUCCUCUUGCUAUUGUAGGACUGUUGGAGAUCAACAAAAAAGUCUUCGGUAAAACCGUGGUCGAUGUUCUUCUGUCUCAAGGAGUGUUUGCUGUGUCUCACAGCUCAAAAUGUGUAAAGCUUUACAGCUUUGAACACAUUGUGAAAAAGUUCAGGAUGAAGAAGCUGGUAUUGGGACAUGAGUGUGAUUUAUACGGUGCUCGGGGAAUAGUGGGAGAUGCUCCAUAUGGCAUUCCAGUCAACAUUCAAAUCAAUGAGUGUCCUCCUGCACUGUUCGAGAUGUCGUACUUGGAUAAUGGGAUUCAGAUCGGAGGACACCCAUGGCACUACAUCUACACCCCUAACCAUAAAAGAGACAGGGGGACACACCAUAUCUGCGCCAUCAGUAAUGGUGCUCUGGCAAAUAAUGGUGUGCAGAAUAUGAAUUGCGACUCACUAGAGGAAGACUGGAUCUUCUUCCAUCCGGAUGACUCGGGCAGGAUCAUCCAUGCAGGGCCCAGCACUAUAAAUGUUCUGAAAAUCAAAGGAGAAAAAGAAUUCACUUCAAAGUAUGAAGUGGUCUGUGAUUUCUCUAUUUUAGCAUCUCGAGAAAACAGCACCACUUCCCAGGUGACAGUGACCUCCUCUGGCCGAACAGUGAAGAAAAGAAUUCAGCAACUGGAAGAUGAUCCUGAGCAGGAGACAUUCAAGAUGGUCAAAUAUGAAGACGAGCUGGACCUAUUAGCCGUUGUGGAUGUCAAGCACACAGAAAAUGAGGGACAAGCCAGUGUUCGUCUCCACCACAAUAAAAGCGGAGUUUUGCUGAAAAAAAUUGUCCUUCAGGAGCCAUGGGAUGUGACCUACAGUCAUGAAGUCUAUUUCGACAGGGACACUAUAAUACACAUUGAACAAGAGAGGAACAACAGCUACUGUUGCCAUGUGUAUAAGAUAAAACGAAGGACAAACUGAUUGCAAACUGAAACAUGCAGUUUGUAGAUACUCAGAGGACCAAGUCGAAAUAUUUUUUUACGACGUUAGUUGAAUUUGUUUGCACUCUCUUAGAUGUCAUGCGUAAUAAAAAGGAGCCUUUGAAUGCUGAAUUCACUUUAAGACGCCCCCGAGUGACGUCAUGGUGCAUGUUAAAUGCAGUUUUGUGUGUGUAAGUUCUUGCAAAGAUCCUCAUUAAUAAAAUUGUUUUAGAAACUAA